AAAGAUAGAUUAUACUAAAAGAUUGCUUGCCUUCCAUGCUUAACUCAAAUCUGAUUCUUUGCCCUCCCAUCAAUCAUACUACUCCAAACAUGUUCUCAUUAACCUCCUCCUUCUUCUUCUUCUUCCCUCUAAGCAAAGCUCCAUUUCCAAGCUCUACAAAUCAACGAUGCCGCAGCAGCAGCGUGACAACAAUCCCCAUUUUCUUCCGCCGCAGCUCCCGGAAACGCCGGAGCCGCCGCGGCAUGGGCCUACGUUCUACCCGCCGCAGUCACGGAGGCCGCGGUCUAAAGUUGCAGUACCUCAGCCACCUCCUCCCCACCGGGAUUCCUCGCCGCCGCCGCCGCCGUCUGAUCACCGUCCGGGUACAUCAGCGGCGCCGCUCCCUGCAAAUUUUGUUCCCCAGCAACACCCCCGGUCAAAGCCGCCGGAAGAUGAUUACAUUGACUUAGUUCCUCCACAGCGGCAGCCCCCCAAAGCUCAGCCACCUCCACAGCCGCCGCGACGCAGCGGCCCCCAAGGCCAGCCGCACCACCACCACCACCACCCUCACCUGAGGGUGCCAUCAAGAACCAAAACCAAUCCCUUAGCAUGGCUCAUCGCAGCCUGCUGCACCCUCUUCUGGAUCCUAGUCAUCUUAGCCCUCCUAGCAAUCCUCGUAAUCUAUCUAGUUUUCCGCCCAAGAAACCCCAAAUUCGACAUUUCCAGCGCCACCCUCAACGCCGCCUACCUCGACAUGGGCUACCUCCUCAACGCAGAUCUCACCCUGCUCGCAAACUUCACAAACCCAAACAAGAAAGGCAAGGUGGAGUUCCAUUACGCAGUCGUGGAUCUUUACCAUGACAAAUCUCCCAUUGCAUCCACUUAUAUCCAGCAAUUCUCCAUGAUGAACCAUGAAUACAAGUUCCAAGAUGUGCACUUUGUGACCAGCCAGGUUGGGCUUUCUGCAGAUCACAGUCAGAAGCUGAGAACUCAGAUUGAGAAUGGGAAAGUUAGGUUUGAAGUGAAGGGUCUGUUCAGAGUGAGGUCUGAUCUGGGGGGGAUUCUCAAGUACUCAUAUUGGCUCUAUAGCCAUUGCACAAUCAUGGUUUCUAGUCCUCCCACUGGGAUCUUGAUUGCAAAAAGGUGCAGCACAAAGCGUUGAGAUUGGAGACGAUGAAAAUAACGUUAGAACGAGGUUAAUUUUGUUUUUAAUGUCUCAUUAAUUGGUUAAGUAGUUUACUGUAACUUUAAACUUCAUUGAUGAAUGGUGCUAUUGCAUUUGUUUUUUUCCUUGAAAAUGUAUUUAUCCCAUUCUGAGGAUGGACUAUUGUGUAGUGUACCUGAGAUGAAUAACACAUGUAAUU